GGGAAGGAGAGGAAAGCGAGGGAAGGACGGGAUUCUAUGGCAGCGACGCGUCUGGCGGUGGCCGGGAAUCACGAACGCGUCAAGAGGAAAAGACGCUGUACUCACCAACAAGCUACUCCUGAAAAGCUUCCAGCCACGACCACAGGGGCGAGACUCUGCGUAGAAUACGGCGUUGAUUGUCCAACAAGGGGAAUAUACAUGCAUUACCGCCUCCUGUGAGUCAAGGGCGUCCAUGGCACCACCGUCGCUCUUGGGCUCUUCAUACUCGCUCGACCUCGCGGAGCUGAAAGUGACGACUAUCAUGCCGUUCAGCAAGCGUCACGCGUCGAUGGACAUAGAAUAUCUCCCAGCUCCCCGCAGAACACUCUGUACAGAGCUCACACAUGCACUUUCGAGUGGGAUUUAUGAUAUACAAGGUGCUCGGCUUAAGAACUCUCGAGGACAUUGUAUCUCAAAAAUGCCAAGCCGCCUAUGCCGCCAGCGUCGCUUGGGGAGCCCUUUCACAGCAUCUCAAUCUCGCUGAGCUGCAAUCCAUCCCAUGACGUUCAGCAGGCGUCACGCGUCAAUGCGCACCUGCUAAGAACGUUGCUCCGGUAACAUAAUAAUGCCCAGAUCUCACGUGCAGGGAUCCCACAGUGGGCAACGUGCUCUAAAGCAGAUGGCAGAAAGCAGUAGGCUUCGAGUCAUCAGGAUUGCUCCGCUACCAGAAUGCUUGACUCAGUCGAACUUC